UCCGCGCGUUACUUGUCUUGGAAAACAAAAUGCUACGUUCGCUAAUAUUUACAGUGUCCCCAUGCACCAUUUCUAGUAUUUGUGGUGCACGUCAAACAUGUCGGUACAGUGGAAACUGAUUGAAAUUGUGCUGUUCCUGUGACCAAGAAAGAAGUGUUUGACGAGGAAAAGCGCCAUGAAAAGCGAUGACCAUCAAAUGAAGCUGCGUAGUUGUGAUAGUAAUAGUAGAAGUUGAGCCAUUGCGGAAUCUCUACGCAAUGAAAGGGUCUGUCGUAUCUAGCAAGCGUGCACCGCACCGAUGUGCCUCUGGUUUACAGAGAUAUGGCGUGGCUGCCAGAGAAGCGCAUACAAAAGACCGGGAUUGAAUGUGUGGUGUACGCCGUUGAUCUGCUGGGUUAAUGGCAGUGGUACAGGUGUCCGAUGGCUGUGUUUGUGCCAGUCUUAGUUCUGCUCCGAAGUGUUAUGACGGUGAAAAGAUGAGAUGCUCAAGAAACUUUAGAGACGACUACCCCUGCAGCGGCUGUCGGGACUACCAUGAGCGUUACACGAUGUCGAAGCAGUGUGAGGGGAGGAUAGCAAACUUGAUGCAGGGCUGUAUUCAUGAUUUGGUAUACGAAGGCGGUGAUUUUCAUUGAAGUCAACGGCAGGAUUUGUACCGAAAACAGUCUGGGUCCCACUCAGUAGAACAACGCACGUUUAAUCUGAUCUCUUUUGUCGUACCCGUUAUUUGCGUAUUCUAGUACAAGGUGAUAUAUAGCUUGAACAUUGUGAUAUGAGGCAUUAAAUCACUAGUGAACGUGUAAGUGCAACAUACUCCUAAGUAGUGCCCUAAUAUGGAUUUGCGCAAGGAAACAGAUACCCUGGAAUGAGCGUCGUACAUAUCGUUUAAGGAUUCGUUUUAAAGUAUAGGAAUUUCGAUUUAAAACCCUGUAAGCACUAUUUAGCAAAGACAACAGCUGCAACGCCUAAUCGGGGCUUUUGCUUACUGGAUGUUCAUAACAAUCCAAAGAUGACGGCGCCUGUGUACAAUCGAUCAACAAGUAUCCACAAGGGCUGGUCGCACCUAAACACCUUUACACUCAAAAGGGUUCGUCGCCUCAGGUUAGAAUAUCAUCUUGUACGAUUCGUCUCAGUCUAACCAAUCGAACCAAAUGCUGCAAUUUGAUUGCAGGUAUAGACAGUAAUAGGAAAUCGGCUUCUAGCCUAUAAGUAAAAUGCUUUCAUGCGAACUUUUAUACGCAGGCGCCAUAUGCUCAGCUUAAAUUGCCUACGUCUGAUUUGCACAGUCGUCUAUUAAUGACCAAAUUAUAGACGGUUCAGAUUACGGAGAAACGUGCGAUACCUCAAGAAUUACUUAAAACAACUUAUCAUUAGUCAUACACAUUAGAAAUGUGUAACCCAAAAAAAGUAAAAAAAGAAAAGAAAAAUAAGGGGCUGUGUCUUAAACUUACCGUCAUGAGACAUGAUGAUAUAUAUAUAUUGUCAUUUUGUGUCACUUUUUAGGUCCAAACAUUAACGAAAUAUUGUCAACGCGCAGAAUAAAUCAACAUCAUUCUACUUAGGCAUUGUUGUCAUUAGUAUAAGUAUAGCGCUAGCAUUGCUAUACGGCCUCAGCUACAAAAUAGUUGGUUUACAUUUGCAGCGUAAUUAUAGUGUAACAAUUUUUUGAAUAGUUUUUCAUACCGUUGAUAAACAGAACUACAUUUAAAAUAUAAGUUUCAUUUUUAGAUCAGCCGAAAUCAGCAGGCGCCUUCUUGAAAAUCGAAGAAGUUAAAUGUACUGCCGAACUAAACAGAAACGAACGAGGAUUCAAUGAGGUGCCUCAUGAUGUUAAAGUAACCAUGUCUUACGGCCUUCCCGCAGUUCGUUUGAGUGGAGUAAUCUAUUCAGUGAGAGUGAAUGGCCGUAGCCACAUCGGCUGUCUCGUUCUUUGCUUACCGUUGAAGGAAGCAAAGGCCGACCCUCUUUUCGCCCCAAUCUGUCACUCCCGUAUGUAUACAAAUCUCUUUUAGUCCGUAUCUUUAAACCAUCGCUCGUUGAAACGACAAGCAACUAAAGUUGCUUCGCAGUCAACUUUGUAACCAAUAACUAAUGAAUUGAAAUUUGGUUUAAAGCAUAAUUGACUAUAAAACAUAUUUCCUAUUAGUUGGCCAGUGUGUGAACACGUGAAGGUAAAUACCAGCAUCGCGGAUGAUCCUACAAUACUAUAGUAACUUUUAUUAUAGUUGUUUGUAAUUAGCUUAUGGGCUUGAUGCUGACAAGAUAAAGUAUCCCUUAUGAAAUCAAUUCUUAUUCAGGACACAUAAUAAUGAUUACAGUUUACCUGGUAUUUGUUUAACUAUAACGCUGACUUAGCAAUCGUUGUCAGAUGAUGCUGCCGCUUAUGCGUGAAGACGCUUUGAACAUGUGAGAUAUGUUAGAAACAGCUGCGACCAGUGUAAUAGUGAUCCAGGCAAUGACAGUAAUUUGCGUUUAAGGAAAAGGCUAUGCUGCUUUCAGAAGAUUUCAGCUGUCCGCCCGGAUAUGUCGUGCAAUCAUCAGUAGAGCCCAUGAGCCAUAGUGAAGUGCUGAAGUUCGAACGCCAUUUUCUUACAGAUCUUUAGAGCUUUAGGUCUUCCUUCCCGGUUGUGGCUUUAAGGGGCAGUUUACGGACUUAAGCAAGCAAAGCUUUUGGUGCCCCAGUGCCCAUGCCUCAGACUGGAUGAUGCAGGUGGUGAUAGAACGGGAAGUGAUGGGGGUCUAUCUCCGAUGCGACCACCGAAAGCUCCACUUGGGGUCAAUGUUAGCCGAUCUACCGGCCAACAGACAAUCUCAGUCCUCAAGGUCUACUUGAACAAUGGAGAGUUUCGUUCAGUGAAAUGCGGUGACGCAACCGACGUCAAGGGAAUCAUCCAUUUGCUCUGUGGACAACUCCAUCCGUCUCCUUUACCAUUGGAAGCAUUAUUUGCGUUAAGGCUUCGCCAUGCCGCAACGGGUGAUUUGCAGUGGCUUCAUCGCGACACAACCCUCCACCAAGUGCUCGACAAAUAUCUACCCAGGCAAUCGCUUAAUGACUGGCGAUUCGAGCUAAGAGUUCGAUACCUUUUGGCGAAUCUGGAUGAUUUCCUCCAACGAGAUCGAGUAACAUUCACUUUUUUCUACGAGCAAGUUAAAAAUGAUUACCUGAAAAUGCAGGAUGAGGUCGAAGUUGAGUUGGCUAUCACUCUUUGCUGCUUAGAGAUACGACGGUUCUACAAGGAUGUAUCUCAGCUGUCGAUUGAUAAAAAAUCAACGGCGUUGGAAUUCCUGGAACGGGAGGUUGGCUUAGAUAGAUUCCUUCCGGCUUGCGUCCUUCUGCAGCACAAAGCCAAGGCGCUACGCAAGAUGAUUCUUGCACAAUUUAAAAAUGUCGUCCGUCUUUCCGAAACCCAGUGUAUGUUGCAAUUUCUAAGAUCCGUCAAACGAAAAGUCGCCUUCGAUCGAGAAGUAUUUUUAUGCCAACUGGGGACUGGCUGGACAGUGUCUGUGGAGUUGGUGAUCUCAUGUGAGCUGGGUAUUGGCUUUGCAACGGAUGCACGUGGGCCCCUUCGUCCAGUUGGGCAAUUUGCCCAAGUGCAAAACAUCGAAACGAUUGUUCACGAAGGCGACUCCCGUGCUCUUGUGCGGCUUCGGGUGGCCGGCACAGCUGAGCCUCUUAGCGUUUCCUGUGAGAAUCUCCGUGUGGCAGAGGCUAUCGCGGAUCUCGUGGAUGGGUACUGUCGACUAGUACACUCCACAAACGCUUCCUACUGGACUCGAAAAGAACUGAAAGCAGGAGAAUCUGAAAAAUCUGAAAUUAGCAGGGCUGACAACGACUCGGAAUCUGAAAGUACAACCGAUGAUAAUCAUCCUCCACGCUACAGGCGCAGUUCAUCAAAGCCACGCUCAGCUGGUCAUGCUGGAGUUGAAAUUCUCGGCGUGGGCGAAAGCAAAUUAAGACAUUCUGAAGAUUAUGCUGAAAUCGUCGAUGACGUUGAGGGGGAUUACUCCAGCGCGACUCGUGAUCUGGAAUUGGAUCGUGCUACUCUAACACUCGGUGAGGUGAUUGGACAAGGACAGUUUGGCGCUGUUCAUCGGGGAGAAUGGCGCGCUAAAGACGGAACUCGUGUACAGGUUGCCAUUAAAACGUGUAAUGGACAGGGGAUCGCUAAAAGAGAAAUUCAGGAGCAAUAUACAACAGGAGAUGAGCUAACGGAGGACGAUGGAGCUGACAAGCUUCUUGAUGAAGCCCAUACGAUGAAGCAAUUGGACCAUCCUCACAUCAUUCGGCUGGUUGGAACCUGCUCGUCGGCACCUGUAUGGAUCGUAAUGGAGCUUGCUCGAUUGGGAGAACUAAGGGCGUUUCUGCAACGCCACCGUGACCGUAUAACGCUGCCUCGACAACUACUGUGGUCUCGCCAGCUAGCUUCUGCAUUGUGUUACAUACAACAGAAGGGUCUUGUGCACCGAGAUGUAGCAGCCAGGAACGUGCUCGUGGCUUCGAGAGACUGUGUUAAACUUGCCGACUUCGGUCUUUCUAGAGAGCUGGGACAUGCUGCCGAAUAUACGGCAUCUCGUGGCAAACUGCCGAUUAAAUGGAUGGCUCCAGAGUCGAUCAAUUUCCGGCGAUUUACGUCCGCGAGUGAUGUGUGGAUGUUCGCCGUGUGCGUUUGGGAAAUCUUAAGUCUGGGUAUCAAGCCGUUCCAAGGAGUCAAAAAUGGUGAGGUGGUAGCACGUUUAGAGGACGGUGAACGGCUUCCUCUGCCGCAUGGCUGUCCUCCGAGACUCUACAGUGUACUCUCGCUGUGUUGGUCAUACGAUCCUGCCAAAAGACCCACGUUCCUAUUUCUUAAAGAAGCAUUGCUCGAAAUCUACAACGAGGAACGUGCACAGGCGGAAUCAUGUCGUAGGGAGCUGCGUCGCACAAACGCGCUCUCUUGGGGCUCCGAUGGGUCGGACGGUUCGGACGAACCACCACCAAAGCCCGCGCGACCUGCCAGCGAACAUCGAAAUAGUGUAUGUGGUACCCCCACGCCGCCGACCACGGCGACAGCUUCACAAGCCUCAUCUGGUUCUGCUACUGUUGCGCCCUUGGCCCCGGCCACCUACAUUGUAGCAGAAACACCCGAAGUUCUUGCACGGCUGAUGCGUGACAAUGACGGGUCGAUGCCGCCUGCGUGGGCGUAUGUCGCACCCGCUUCGCCAACAAAUACUUUUGCCGUUGGUGGUCACAAUAUGACCAGCUUUGAGGGUGACCGAGUGAUUUCUCCAACUGGCGCAACCACUCCGGAAAUUUCCCCUCCUUUAGGGGCACUCGGAGUUGCGGCGGGGGGCGUUGCAGCAGCUUUGGAAGCAGCAGCUCGGGAUGCGGGGCUUGUGGCUUCGACCUCGGGGGCUACCAACGAAUCUUCGUUGUCAGUCUCAUGUUCGCCAUCUAACGUCGCACUUUUACUACCUGCUGGUGGCAGUAACGCUUUCAACACUCACCUUCAACAGGAUAACCCGCCGCCCCCACCUGCUCCAAAGUCACCUCCUCUACGAAGCAAACCCUUAGGAGUGUCAAGUGGUUUGGGAUCGACCUUGGUAGAUGAGCGUGAUCUGCUAGAAAAGCGGUUACUUGAGAUUAAAAUCAAAGACCAGCAACGAGAAGCUGAACGCGAUCAAAGGUGGCUGAACGAGCAGCCCCUACCAUUCGGGACACCGCCACCACAGGCCUCUGUCACUGGUCCGACAUUAGGCCAAACUUCACUCUCAAGUCAUGCUAGAGCACGUCAGUAUCAUCUAGGCACCUCGACCAAUAACAACAGCUCAGCUAACGGGAUGCCUAAGUCACCAGCUAGUUCACAUUCGAUAUCUGUCGGGUCGGCGACGCCCAGUACGUCAGCAGUCAUAACGCCGCGGGUUGGAUCAUCAACGGCUAACAGAUAUGGUGAGGGCGAACCCAUUUAUGAAGCAACCACCGGCGUGGUGCGAGCGGUAAUGCGGCUGUCGGAAGGUGUUCGGGCACACCAAGCUGAAGCCUACGUAGAGCUGGUCCGCCAAACUGGGCUGGCAUUGCGAGGACUUUUGGCUGCCGUCGACGGCCUGUCCCCCACAGUGCUCGGGGUCGAUCCGCGCACCCGGCGGGUGGAACCGGCCCAGCGCGUACUCAGCGCUGAUAUGGCAGCUCUCGUGUCAGCUGUCAAACUCGCAGUGCAACGACCAACAGAUAGCGAACAGCGAAGGGCCAUGCUGGAGGCGGCUCACUCUCUCGCCGUGGACGCAAAGAACCUCUUGGAUAUCGUCGAUUUGCUAAGAACCACGGAAGUUACCGGCGCUCACGAAACGCCAGCUGCCACUUCAUCAUCCUCCAUGAUGUCUGUGAGCUCCAGCGUGACAAAAUCUGGAAUAGUGACAUCAUUCGGACGCCACAGCCGUAGUGGCAGUCAAAGCGAAUGCGGUUCGUCAAUUUCUGGCGAACGUAUCUUGCAGAGCGAAUGCUCGACACCUCGCAGUUCUACACCAACAUCAUUCAAAAGUGAGAGUCUGCCACGAUCAACAUCGGCGUCACACCAUUCGGAGUCGCAAACGGGGGGGCAAAGCCUACGUUCAGGGGCGUCUACGCCUGGACUCGGGCUAGCCCUCUCACAAGGUACCAGUCACGCAGAAUCCGUGGGUAGCUUGCCGUGUUUAGGAAGGUCCACACCGAGCAACACAUUUAGUAGUUUCCAGAGCUGUGCAAGCGGUAGCAAUCUUGGGGGCAGCCUUCCACGUAGCGGAGGUCUCGUGGCGGGACUCGUUGAAGCUAUUAAUAGCGGAUGCUCAUCACGAGCCUCACCUCUUACGUCACCGCAUUCUCAAAACAGUUCGAAUUCGGUCAGUUUAAACGGGUCAAUCGGUAUCGCACCUCCAGCUUUCGUGAUCCCUGCAUCCAUAGACGGAUCACUGUUGAACGUCAAAGGAGUUGGCCCAAUGCGUAAACAGAAUUCUACGUCAAGUUUAGGCACGGUACUGGAUAGCGCCUCAGCUGGGGGGCAUACAUCUGUGAAAAUGAUGGCAAGCGACGGACCACAACACCACCAUCAAAGCAGCAGCUUGCGAAAGAUGUCCACAAGCAGUAUCGACGAACAGAUAAGCUUACACGCCACGCGGCCUCACGCUAGCACAGUUUCAAUACCAAGGAAGCCUCCGCCAGGGCACAAGCCCCCUCUACCUUCCACAACCGCCAGUGGUAUCUACGAUAACCCGUAGAUCCAGCAUCGCAUUUUCAAGUCUAAAAAUGACGCCCACGAUAUUAGCAUGGCGCCUGGCAAAAAAUUUCGUCUGCAGUACGGAUAAUACAUCCUCAUAUUAAUAGCUAUUAUAACGACGAGCAUACGAAGUAAUGAAUCACAACAUUUUUCCGCUGAUGAAUGAAGAUGUGCCCACUCACGUCUCAUCUCCUUGUUUACAAUUGAGAACAGCGAGUUCAUUCGCUUAAAUGGAAACAGGAGGUCAGGAAAUAUAGUCAGGAAUAUGUCGCUGGUAUGGGACAAUUUAAGUAGCGUCGGCAUACCUGCCAAUGGACAUCAACAUCGGGAGGAAAGAACAUAAUUUUCAUGUUUACGGCAGUUGUAGUAGCUUCAAGCCAAUUGGUCAAUUUUGCGAUACCUCAGACAACUGCAAUAUGCAAACGUAGUCAUGAUAUCCGUUAUAUUCAAACGAUACUAAAUUAAAUACGUUAACUUACUAGCAAAACGGAUCAAUUGGAUGUACGAAAAAAUUGACCUGGCACAUUAAUCAAAGAAUUUUUUGGCCGAAAAAAAAUAGGCGAAACUGCAGAGUAACUCAAUUUACCCAGGGCGCGUUAAACUUUCUAUGUCGUAACGACACACUACUUGCAUUAAUUUAAAAGCUGGUCGAAUUGUCGUUAGUAAUAGCUUAAACUGAUCAUGAAAAAAAUCACGCAUACAGGCAGAAAAAAUAUGCUAUUUAAUGAAACGUGAGGAGUAGACAGCUUGUAAAGGAGCUUUUCUCAAAUAGAGUAGAUGCGCUUGUGGCCCAAAUUUGUCAAAGCUUUAAGCUCAACUUAAACAUGUAUAUAAUUUGUGUAUAAAUAGGACUGAGUAUUUAGAAUUGAUUUCCGUAGAAAGAACACAUUUUCAAACAACUGAGGAGAUGUGGUGAUAAUCCUUCAGAACGAGGGAUGCAGAUUGAACAGUACAUCAAAGACACCCGUUUUACAGAAGCACUCAAUAGGACGCGUUAUCAUAGCUCAGAUCUGAAGUCGUAGAGAUCGCUUGCGUGAUCCUUGUAGCCUUAGGCACUAUUGAAUUUCAAAGAAAGAUCUCUGAGCAAAAAAUUGAUAAUUUUAAGACUACCCACGUUUUUGCACAUAGCGGAUCACGUUUUAUUCUUGGCGAAAUCUUAAAGAACAAAAGAAAUUAAGCUAUUGGGCAAAGUAAUCGAUGCGAUUCUCUUAUCUGCGUGGCAUUGGCCAUGCAAUACUUUCAACAUCAACCUCAUCUUAAUACACUCAAAAUUACACCAACUGCAAUUUCAAUCUAGACAUAUCAUGCGAUUUUCUGGUACAUCCUGAAAUUAGCAGUAUUGUUAUAAGAUUUGCUUGCAGAAGGGGCUAACACGUACAAUUUCGUGAACAGGACGCUUUACAUUUACCACGAUGGUUAAAUAAUUCUAAGAAAAUACUGCUGUAUUUAGUGUACCUAGAAAGAAGAAGAAGAGACAAGACGCGUGCCAAUUAUUUUCGACACCAAGUGCUCGUCUGAUAUUGGCAAGGCACAUGGUAUAACGACUCUGGAAAGCAGAAACUCCGAGCCCAACUUUGAAAUAGCACUUGAUUAAUACUGGGCCAUGGAAAAAGUAUAACGCAAUAGGGCUUUGUGACAUCAACUUUCAUUGCUCUAUAUAUGAUAUAAGGUUAAAUGAAAUCCGUGGCUUGAAUGUGAUUGCUUCUACAGACAGUCCCAUUUUUUCGUUUUUUGUAAACUUAUGACAUGACUAAUUUUCGUAAUUGUAACGAAUGAAAACUUAGGUUUUGUUAUGUGUUUGUCAGUACGCUUAUCUUACACUGACGUAUCCUAACGUCACGAGUCAUGAUUCACAUUAUAUAUAUAUAUGCAAAGCGUUUGUAUACGUCCGCUCCGAGCUAGAAUUAACCUGCUGUGGGCGUUUACUAAAGAGAACUAGCAUGAAUGAUAUUAGUAUUGAGCGAAUGAAUUUGUCUAGAAAGCGAAAGGGUCUGCCUCGGACAAUGAUUUAUGGACAACAAGCUAAACGCCAAUAAACCAUUUGUAUGCCAACUUUGGUA